AAAAAGAAAGAAAAGAAAAGAACAAGCAAAGCUUAAUAAUCAAAUAAGAAUACUUACAUGUCUUCUAAAUAAUAUUGAACACCUAUCAUUUACAACCAUAGAUUGAAAUACUAUUGAUAAUCACUAUGUUUUACUUGCCAGGUUGCCACAAACACACCUAAUAUCUGAUAGUGUCAAUUCAAAUGUCUAUGAUUGGAAGAUAACACACUGGAAGUCGCACAUCACCACAAAACUGAAUCCACACAUUUGUACAAAUUGCAAGUGUGUCCGGCAUACAGCAGCAUUCUGCCUUCUCUAGAAUACACACUUGAAUUCUUUGUCACAAUUCACUUUACAUGGCAUUGCAAUAGAGUCCUCUCACUCUUUAUUUUGUUAAUUUUAAUGGUUUUUCAUUUCUUCUGGCCGAACUGUUUGCAAUUAGAAUGCAAAUUAUAGAUAAUACUCCACUAUUUGUGGAUGUGACAUCCUCUGAUUAUCCCAUUCCACUCCAUUGUCAUCUACAAAGUUCACACUUGAGAAUUGCAGUCAAAUUACAAAAUUACAAAAGAAAAAUUACAAAAAAAAAAAAAAAUCACAAAAUGUUUUCAGAAAGUUUCCAAAUUUGCGUUGGGCUAUAUUCAAAGCCAUCUUGGACUACCUGAGGCCUGUAGGUCACAAGUUGCACAAGCUUGAAUUAAACCAAUAGAACAAUUUAAGGAUAAUCUGUACCUUUACUAUGUUUAGUCUUUCAUUCCAUAAAUAUACUAUGCCUCUCCAUUUCUUUAGGUUUUAUUUCUUUCCUCAACAAAUUGUAGUUUUCAGCAUAGAGAUCCUGUACAUCUUUUGUUAGAUUUACACCUGAAGUAUUUCGUUUUUGUUGGAGUAAAUGUAAAUGAUAUUGUUUUUCUUAUAUUUUCAGAUAUUAAGUGUUAUGUAGAAAUGUAAAUAAUUUGGGGCAUAUCCUACAGCCUUGCAGAGCUCACUUAUUAGUUCUAGAAAUCUUUUUGUAUAUUCCUUGACAUUUUACACAUUGACAAUUAUGUCACCUGAAAAUAAUGACAAUUCUAUUAUUUUCUUUCCAAUCUGUAUGCUUUUUAUUUCUUUUUCUUGUUUAUUGUAUUAAGACAUCCAGUAUGCUCUUCAGGAACAAUGCUGAGAGUGGGCAUUUUUAAAAAUUGUUCCCCCCCCCUUUUUUUUUCAUCCUCAAAGAGAAACUCUCAGCAAGAAUAAUUGUUCCUGAUCUUGGAAAAAACCAUUCAGUCUUUCAUCAUUAAAUGUGAUUUAGCUAAAUGGUUUUUUUAUAGAUUGUCAUUAUUAAGUGAAGAAACUGUCUCUGUCUUCCUAGUUUAUUGAGAUUUUAUCAUGAGUGCUGGAAGUAUACAUUUUAAAACAAAACAUAGUUGUGGAAGAUAAAAGAAAUUUCCAAGCAUGCUGGCUUGAUAGGCCAGCCCCAAGUUGGGAAAAAGAAUUACCUCUUUCUUUUUCCUUCUACUUAUGAAAUAAAAAAUUAAGAGAAAACAAUUUUUUUAAGAGAAAACAAUUUGCAUGGAAUUGCAUUAUUCCUUGAAAACAGGUUCCUAAAAUAUUACCUACUUUUGAAAAAAAGAUCACGACAUCAUGGCAUCCCUUUUUCAAGUUGCCCAUGUAUUAAAGAUUGUGUAUUAAAGACAGAGCUGGUCUGAGGCAACAUACAGUCUGCCAAGGCCACCUGCCUAUCUGUCAUCAAUCCUUUUCUACUCUGCACACUCCUGGGGAAGUACUAGGUCUUGUUCUGUCUACUCCAUUGGAAGAACAGUUCCCUACCAUGUGGAGCAUUUGCACUUAAAAGGAGACUGAGAUAUAGAGGCUGGAGAUCAUACCAGAUGGCUGGGUCUCCCCACUUCCACCCCUGCCCCACAUAUACUCAGAAGAGGCUAGGCAUUUAGGAUCUCUAUUGAGCAUCUUGAAUAUGGCCUGCCAUAUCAUAUACAGUUACUAAAUAUUGGUUAAAUAAGUCACGUCUGUUCAAUAUAUUUUGUACAAUCAUAAAGAGCUCCACAACUAAUGUGAGACAAAAUGUUUCUGCUUUGAACUCUAGCCUUUUGGCCCAGUAGGACUCAUGAAAAGUGCCAUCUCUUUAAGUCAGGAUGAUGAAUGGAAGAGAAUACGAUCACUGCUGUCUCCAACCUUCACCAGUGGAAAACUCAAGGAGAUGUUCCCCAUCAUUGCUCAGUAUGGAGAUGUGUUGGUGAGAAACCUGAGGCGGGAAGCAGAGAAAGGCAAGCCUGUCACCAUGAAAGAUAUCUUUGGGGCCUACAGCAUGGAUGUGAUCACUGGCACAUCAUUUGGAGUGAACAUCGACUCUCUCAACAAUCCAAAAGACCCCUUUGUGGAAAGUGUUAAGAAGUUCCUAAAAUUUGAUUUCCUUGAUCCACUAUUUCUCUCAACAAUACUCUUUCCAUUCCUUAUCCCUGUUUUUGAAGCAUUAAAUUUCUCUCUGUUUCCAAAAGAUGCUAUAAAUUUUUUAAAGAAAUCUGUAAACAGAAUGAAAAAAAGUCGCCUCAACGAUAAACAAAAGCACAGAGUAGAUUUCCUUCAGCUGAUGAUUGACUCCCAGAAUUCAAAAGAAACUGCAUCCCACAAAGCUCUGUCUGAUCUGGAGCUCGUGGCCCAAUCAAUUAUCUUCAUUUUUGCUGGCUAUGAAACCACCAGCAGUACUCUUUCCUUCAUUAUGUAUGAACUGGCCACUCACCCUGAUGUCCAGCAGAAACUGCAGGAGGAAAUUGAUGCAGUUUUACCCAACAAGGCACCUGCCACCUAUGAUGCCGUGGUACAGAUGGAGUACCUUGACAUGGUGGUGAAUGAAACGCUCAGAUUAUAUCCAAUUACUAUUAGACUUGAGAGGGUCUGCAAGAAAGAUGUUGAAAUAAAUGGAGUGUUCAUUCCCAAAGGGGCACUGGUGGUGAUUCCAACCUACACUCUUCACUAUGACCCAAAGUACUGGACAGAGCCUAAGGAGUUCCGCCCUGAAAGGUUCAGUAAGAAGAACAAGGACAGCAUAGAUCCUUACAUAUACACACCCUUUGGAACUGGACCCAGAAACUGCAUUGGCAUGAGGUUUGCUCUCAUGAACAUGAAACUUGCUCUAAUCAGAGUCCUUCAGAAUUUCUCCUUCAAACCUUGUAAAGAAACACAGGUCAGUACACUUUCUGUAUGUUUCAUUAAGAACUUUUCUAACCAAAGGGUGUAUAUUUUUUAAAAAGAAUAUGCAUGUUUAUCUUUUAAUAA